AAUAAUCAGAUGAGGAAGGCUGCCUCUCUACAAGGCGCUGUGCUGUCUCCUUUAGCACAUCCGCAGUCCCGGUUUAGAUGUAGAUCAUAUCACAUCUCUGGAUGGUUUGGACUUCCCUGGAUGAGCUUCAAAGAAGCUAGAGUGCCAGAGAAGACCUUUGAAGUGUGAAAAUUCCUGUAGUUGAAACAAAAAUGUCAUUUAUAGAUCCUUAUCAGCACAUUAUAGUGGAGCACCAGUAUUCCCAUAAAUUCACAGUAGUGGUAUUAUGUGCCACCAAAGUGACAAAGGGGGCCUUUGGUGACAUGCUGGACACUCCAGAUCCCUAUGUGGAACUUUUCAUCUCCACAACCCCUGACAGCAGGAAGAGAACACGACACUUCAACAAUAACAUCAACCCUGUGUGGAAUGAAAUGUUUGAAUUUAUUUUAGAUCCUAAUCAGGAAAAUAUUUUGGAGAUCACACUAAUGGAUGCCAAUUAUGUCAUGGAUGAAACUCUAGGAACAGCAACAUUUCCUGUAUCUUCUAUGAAAGUGGGGGAGAAGAAAGAAGUUCCUUUUAUUUUUAACCAAGUUACAGAAAUGAUUCUAGAAAUGUCUCUUGAAGUUUGUUCAUGCCCUGACCUACGAUUCAGUAUGGCUCUAUGUGAUCAGGAGAAAAUGUUCAGACAACAGAGAAAAGAGAACAUAAAGGAAAACAUGAAGAAACUCUUGGGUCCAGAAAGCAGUGAAGGACUGUAUUCUACACGCGAUGUGCCUGUUGUGGCCAUUCUGGGCUCUGGUGGGGGCUUCCGGGCCAUGGUGGGAUUCUCUGGUGUGAUGAAGGCAUUGUAUGAAUCAGGGAUUUUGGAUUGUGCCACCUACAUCGCUGGUCUUUCUGGCUCCACAUGGUACAUGUCCACCUUAUAUUCUCACCCUGAUUUUCCUGAGAAAGGCCCAGCAGAAAUUAAUGAAGAGCUAAUGAAGAAUGUUAGCUACAACCCCCUUCUGCUUCUUACACCACAGAAAGUUAAAAGAUACGUUGAGUCUUUGUGGAAGAAGAAAAGCUCUGGCCAACCUGUUACCUUUACUGAUGUCUUUGGGAUGUUAAUCGGAGAAACACUAAUUCACAAUAGAAUGAACACUACCUUGAGUAGUUUGAAGGAAAAAGUCAACGCUGCGCGGUGCCCCUUACCUCUUUUCACCUGCCUCCAUGUCAAACCCGAUGUGUCCGAACUGAUGUUUGCAGAUUGGGUUGAAUUUAGCCCUUAUGAGAUUGGCAUGGCUAAGUAUGGUACUUUUAUGGCUCCUGACUUAUUCGGAAGCAAAUUUUUCAUGGGAACAGUUGUGAAGAAAUAUGAAGAAAACCCCUUGCAUUUCUUAAUGGGUGUCUGGGGCAGUGCCUUUUCUAUAUUGUUCAACAGAGUCUUAGGAGUUUCUAGCUCACAGAAUAAAGGUUCCACAAUGGAGGAAGAAUUAGAAAAUCUUACAGCAAAGCAUAUUGUGAGUAAUGAUAGCUCGGAUAGUGAUGAUGAGUCACAAGAACCCAAAGGCACUGAAAAUGAAGACGCUGAAAGGGAAUAUCAAAAUGAUAAUCAAGCAAGUUGGGUGCAACGUAUGAUAAUGGCCUUGGUGAGUGAUUCGACUUUAUUCAAUACGAGAGAAGGACGCGCUGGCAAGGUGCACAACUUCAUGUUGGGCUUGAAUCUCAAUACAUCCUAUCCACUGUCUCCUCUGAGAGACUUUGCCUCCCUGGAUUUCUCCGAUGACGACGAACCGGAUGCGGCUGUGGCGGAUCCUGAUGAAUUCGAGCAAAUAUAUGAGCCACUGGAUGUGAAAAGUAAAAAGAUUCACGUGGUGGACAGUGGGCUCACCUUUAACCUGCCGUAUCCCUUGAUCCUGAGACCUCAGAGAGGGGUCGAUCUCAUCAUCUCCUUUGACUUUUCUGCAAGGCCCAGUGACACCAGCCCUCCAUUCAAGGAACUUCUCCUUGCAGAAAAGUGGGCUAAAAUGAACAAGCUCCCAUUUCCAAAGAUUGAUCCUUAUGUGUUUGAUCGGGAAGGAUUGAAGGAGUGCUACGUCUUUAAACCCAAGAAUCCUGAUGUGGACAAAGAUUGCCCAACCAUCAUUCACUUUGUUCUGGCCAACAUCAACUUUAGAAAGUACAAGGCUCCAGGUGUCCCAAGAGAAACAAAAGAGGAGAAAGAAAUAGCUGACUUUGACAUUUUUGAUGAUCCCGAAUCACCCUUUUCAACCUUCAACUUUCAAUAUCCAAAUCAAGCAUUCAAAAGGCUACAUGAUCUAAUGCACUUCAAUACCCUGAACAACAUUGACGUGAUCAAAGAUGCCAUAGUUGAAAGCAUUGAAUACAGAAGACAGAAUCCAUCUCGUUGCUCUGUUUCCCUCAGUAAUAUUGAGGCAAGAAGAUUUUUCAACAAGGAAUUUCUGAGUAAACCCACAGCAUAGUGUGUGCACCGGAAAGAGUAGCAAUGUCUGAUACUGAGGCAAUUUGGAAUUCCAUGGCGACUGGACGUACACAUUCAGACGGUUACACUCUCCAUAAGAGACUGGCUAAAACUCAGAGCUGGAGUUGUUAGGGAAAUGAGAAUAAUACUGUACAGACUUGUUAGGUGGAUAAAUGACAUGGAUUAUGUAAAAAUACACUUGUCAACAGUCUCUAUCAGUACAAAUUUCUUCAUGCAAAUGUAGGAAUAUAUACUGUAUUUUUAAACAUUCCUUAUUGACUUUCUUAUGU